AUGGAGAAAUUGGCCCUAGCAGUGGUCACUUCGGCAAGAAAGCUUCGGCCUUACUUCCAGUCCCAUACAAUCAUAAUCCUGACAACGCAGCCACUUCGGACGGUAUUACAUAGUCCGAGCCAAUCCUGGCGGCUAGCUAAAUGGUCUGUCGAGUUGAGUGAAUACGACAUCGAGUUCCGGACUCGAACCUGUGCUAAGGCGCAAGUGCUGGCUGAUUUUUUGAUCGAACUCCCACUAGCCUCUUCGGUUAGCGAUAAUGUUGCAGCCCCAUGGAUGUUGUAUGUUGACGGCGCCUCUUCCAAAUCGGGGGCGGGAAUUGGGGUCCGCCUUACUUCUCCUACCGGCGAAGUGAUUAAGCAGUCAUUUCGCUUGGCUUUCAGUGCAUCCAACAAUGAAGCCGAAUACGAAUCCUUUCUUGCUGGCUUACGCCUCGCAGUGGGGAUUGGUAUCCGCAAACUUCGAGCUUUUUGCGAUUCGCAGCUGGUCACCAACCAGUUUUUGGGGGAAUACGAGACAAAGGAUGGUCGUAUGGAGGCUUACCUGUCCACAGCUCGGGAGUUAGUCGCUAAGUUCGAGGAGUUCGAAAUCACUAAGAUCCCACGAAGUGAGAACUCCGCUGCGGACGCUUUACCAUCUUUGGCAUCCACUUCGGAUCCCGCGAUGACAAGAAUUAUCCCCGUCGAAGAUAUUCAGUUUCCAAGUAUUCGACUAGAGAGCUCAAACGUUGUCACCCGGGCGAUGAAAAAACAGUUGGCUGCUGAGGAGGCAGCUCGUAAAGCGGCUGCGGACUCUUUACCCUCGGAAGAUCCGGCUCCCGUUAUGCCUACUCCGAUGGACGUUCACCCACCUCAAGCUGAGCUAGACGCGAGUUCAACUCCGGAAUCAUUGAGCUCACCAGUUGACAAUCAAGCUGUUAUCCCACAUGCUACUCCGGGCGGCACGAAUUCUAACAGCUGGGGGGCAGAUGACUGGCGGAGCCCGAUCUGGGCUUACCUGGAAAAAGGGGAACUCCCAGCCGACAAAUGGGCAGCCAGGAAGCUCAAGGUCGUCAGUGCGCGGUACUGCGUUCACAACGGAAUGCUUCUACGCCGAAGUGUAGCUGGUCCUUAUCUAACUUGUGCGGCUGGUAGAGAACCCGCGAUGCUAAUGCGAGCUAUCCACGAUGGUCCCAAUGGGAAUCACUCCGGAGGUUGGACUCUGGCUUUCAAAAUCAAACGGCACGGUUACUUCUGGCCUACCAUGGUCACGGACUGCGAUAAAUAUUAUCGGGCUUGUGAGAAGUGUCAGAAGCACGCCCCAUCAAUUCAUCAACCCACCGAGCUCCUAUCUUCAGUGUCCGCACCUUACCCAUUCAUGAGGUGGUCGAUGGAUAUCAUCGGUCCAUUACUUCGAGGACCAGGAGGAGUCCAGUACGUGCUCGCUCUUACUGACUAUUUCUCCAAGUGGUUGGAAGCGGCAGCCUAUGCGAAAGUAACAAGUGACGAAGUAGAGCAGUUCGUACUAAAAAGUAUAAUCUAUCGCUACGGGGUUCCCCACGAAAUCGUCACGGACAAUGGUCCGCAGUUCAUCUCCUCGAUGUUCGAAGAGUUCUGCGCGAAGUGGAAGAUUCGACUCAAUAAGUCAACUCCUCGUUACCCGCAAGGUAAUGGGCAGGCCGAGGCGAUGAAUAAGGUUAUUCUUGCUAACUUGAAGAAACGGCUCGACUCUCACAAAGGGCGCUGGCCAGACGAGCUGCAAGGCGUUCUUUGGGCAAUUCGAACAACACCUCGCCGGGCCACUAGUGAAACACCUUUCUCCCUGGUCUACGGAGUCGAUGCCGUAGUCCCAGCUGACAUAGAGGUCCCUGGAGUCCGUACCUCGCUGAACCCACUCCGAGCUGAGGAAAAUGAGGAGUUCNGAGUUCUGCGCGAAGUGGAAGAUUCGACUCAAUAA